AUGGAUUAUUCUUCUUCACAUCCAUUCACUCACUCAUCUAACUUUGUUGAUCUUCUCAAUAGUCAACAAGAACUUCCUCUUCAUGAUCCAUUUUCUUCUCAAAGCCAAAUCCCUCUGUUCAGCAGCCAAUGCACCGAAGCCUCCACCUACAAUGACGACAGCCCUGCAGAUCGCAAAGAUAGGAAGGCCUGGACUCCAACCGAUGAUGUGAUACUCAUUUCUGGGUGGCUGAACACGUCAAAAGACCCGGUGGUGGGUAAUGAGCAGAAGUCUGGUACCUUUUGGUGGAGGAUAGCAGAAUACAUUGCUUCUAGUCCGAAGGCUGCAGGCAAAGAAAGAAGAGAACCAGUCACAUGUAAGGCAAGAUGGCAAAAAAUAAAUGAUUUGGUGUGCAAGUUCUGCGGUUCUUAUGAGGCUGCAACAAGGGAGAGAGCCUCAGGAAUGAAUGAGAAUGAUGUGCUGAAACUUGCACAUCAAAUUUUCUUUAAUGAUUACAAAAAGAAAUUCACCUUGGAGCAUGCGUGGAAGGAACUACGUAACGACCAAAAGUGGUGUGAAGUUUCUGCGAAUAAAGUUGGAGGAAGUGUUAAAAGGAGGAGACGCGAGGACGGGCUAUAA